CGGGCGUCGAAAUCUCAGAAGCGCUGUCACUUAUUUGACAAUCAUGUUGUGCGGGUCUACUACAGAAUGUCCUUUCUGUGAUGUGUCACCGGACAAGGGGUUUGAUAUUGUAAAUGAGAACCCUGAAUAUGUAGUGUUCAAAAAUCAUAGUCCUGCUUCCGCCUUCCAUCUGCUCGUAAUUCCUAGGAAGCAUGUCGGAAGCGUGAAAGAUUUGGACGCGUCGCACAUUCCUUUGGUCCAAGAUAUGCUCGCGUUGGGUGCAGACUCACUGACGCUCCUGGGUGCAACAAGCGAUCAUAGAAGAUUUGGCUUCCAUAUUCCGCCCUUUACCUCGGUUCAGCACUUACAUCUGCAUUGCUUCGGCCCGCCCUUCAACUCAACCCUAGCUGAUUUGAGAUAUACGGUGCGAAGUCGGCGUGACGGCAGAAAGGGCAUCUCUUGGUUCGCCGAGGUAAACCAGGCAAUAGCCACUCUGAAUCGUGGAGAGAGGGUGCGAAUUUUUUGAUAGCUGUAGACACAGUCGCUCUGAUAUUCUCGUCUGAGCCGAGGCUCGUAAUAGCGAAAUGUAGAUUUUGCGGCACCCGCGUCUCUAAGACUACUACAGAAUAAAUAUGCAACCUCAUUGUGUAGU